UAAAUAAAUCAUUUAUAUUUUCUUAUCACUGUAAUCAAGAAUAGCAGCUAAAACGCGAUGCUGGUUUCCUAACAGCAGUGCAUUGCAAACCGCUAAUGAUCACAUCCUAACUUUUUUGAGUACAUUCUCCAUGACAUUGUGAAGCCACGAUGGCAGAAGGUCCAACAGUGAGUGAUCAGUUCUCCGGAGGAGAAGAGCAAGCAGAAGAAAGUGGAGGAUGUCCAGAAAAUGAUGCGGGAGGUGGUCUGACGGAUGCUAAGAGGGAUGUGUUGGAGAGAUGCCUCCACGCUCUCAAACAUGCUAAAAAUGAUAGCCAGACAAUGGCUGCACUUCUUUUGAUCACGCGCUUGUGCCCGGCUUCCCGAUUGGACAAACCCACCUUGAGGCGAAUCUUUGAGGCUGUUGGUCUCAAUCUUCCAGCUCGGCUGUUGCUGACUGCAACGAAGGGGAUUGGGGACCCUGUAUUGCCCCCCGAUGAGCUCAUUUCAUUGGGGACGGCUCUGUUGUCUGCCUUAAGCACAGAUCCAGACAUGGCCUCUCAGCCUCAGCUCCUUGCCACCAUUCCGCUACUGCUGGGAAUUCUAUCUCAUGGUUCGGCCAACCAACAACAGACCUGUGAUGAAAAUGGAGAGAUCAGCGAGGAAAAGUACGAUGAUGAUGUAGCAUCACCUGGAAAGCUUGAUGAGGUCAUAGCCGCUGACUGUUACCAGGUUCUGACAUCCGUGUGUGGCCAACCCAGAGGUCCUGAACAUCUGCUGAACCGAGGUGCUAUACCCGCUCUCUGCCAGGCUUUAGAAAGAAACCAGACCUUGAGUCAGAAGAUGGGGCUUCCCUUGCUUGUUUGCCUCCUCUCGGGUAAAACCAAAGAUAAAGCGUGGCGCAAACACUCGGCCGAAUUGCUGCCGCUGCUGGUGAAGAUGUCCGAGGACUUCUGCAAAUCCACAGAUCAAACCAGGCUGGAUAUGUGUUCCCAGUUGGUCGAUGUUCUACCCCCAGGAGGGUUCACAGUAGAGAAGGACAUCCUGAGGGAAGUCGUGAGCCGAGUGUGGGGGGGACUACGACCUUUGGUACAGUCAAAGUUGACUCCGAGGCAAAUCGGGCCAGUUUUGGUGCUCGGCGCUUGUCUGCUUGAUUUGUAUGGUUGGGAGCUGGCUGGACCGCCAAAGGUCUGCUGCUUACUGGUUAAUCGGGCUUGUGUGGAGGUUCGGAUGGGAUUAGAGGAACCGCCUGGGAAUAUUUUGAGCCAAGACCUGCAGGACACACUCACAGGUUGUUAUCGAAUCAUGGAGGCGGCCAUCGAGCAGGCCUGCAACCCGGCUGUUAUGUCCGCUGCUCCACCCGCUCAGAGUUCCAUCACCUCCUUAAGUCUACAGCAGAGCAAGCAGGUCCUUGGCGUACUGGAGGAGGCCUUCUCGGCUCUGAUGUACCACUUGCAACAACAGAUGGACCCGAGUCGCUAUGGCGACCCUUUUAUCUUCGCCACAUUCCGCUGCUUGUGCUCAUGGCUGGCCGAGGAGACUUCCUGCCUUAAGGAGGAAGUGACCACGCUGCUGCCAGUUCUCAUCGAGUACUCACGGAGCCACUUAAUGGCUGCGAAUUCCGAGCAGGCGCUCUCCAACUGGAUGGAUGAGAUGUCCGUCGUCAAUGAGAAGGAGACCUGGACGGGCAAAGAGGCGCUUAGGUAUCUUCUGCCAGCUCUGUGUCACCUGUCCGCCGAGGAAGGUCCCAGGAAGGUGCUGCUGGCUCUCGACACGCCGGCUUUGCUGGUGUACUACCUUUCGCACAGCUUUACUUCCUUGAAGGGUAAAAGCGGAGCAUCGUCAGUGAGGGAGCCCAGCAUGGAGACGGCCUGCUCGGCCCUCUUGAACUUCUCCGUCACCGAGCCUGAAAGAGUCAGGAAGGAUCAAUGUUUCAUAACUUUGGAGAAGCACCUGAGUGAAGCACUUCCUGUUUUGGUGCACAAAGCUAGCCUCCUUGUCCUUGCAGCUAAUUACUGCACAUUGGGUCUGAUGAUCGGCAGACUGAAAUCAGGUUCAGCUGAAGCCAGUCAGAGACGCUUCUUUUCCACAGCUCUCCGCUUUCUCCACAGCGCUCUGGACUCUGCGCUCAGUCCAGGGCCGGUCAAGGUCAGCCCAGGUUGGGAGGAGAGCUGGGAUGAAGUCGCCGAGCUCUGGAGGCUGGCUUUGCAGGCUUUGGGGGGCUGCUUUCGUUCUCAGUCGUGGUUGACGGCGCUGGUCAGAGAGGAAGGAUGGUUGAGGAACACGCUGGGCAUCUUGGGUUGCUGUAGCGCACUACCGGACCAGCACACGCAGGAGGCCCUCGAGGAGGCUCUGUGUGCCUUAGCCAACCAGUGCCCACUCUGCAAACAGGACAUUGGAGAUGCUAUGAAGAAUGAUAAAGGCGCUUUAAACUCCAUGAGGAACCUUAAGAAGGUGAUAGGAGUGAAAUAAAUAAAGUAAAAAGCUUUAAACACUUGCAGAAGUUUGUAACGAAGGGAAAUUCUGAUGCCAAUGUGUAUUUGUUUCAAUUGAUCUUAUUUUCAGAAUUAUGUCAAGGUUACCGAAUUUAAUAAAAAUAUUUUCUUACAGAAUAUUAA